UUUUUUUUAUAUAUGAUCAGAUGGUUACAUUCAAGACAGGAUCAGCCAUGUUUAGAGCACGCAUACCAGACAGUUAGAGAUCGUGUAAUUUCUUGUUGGCAAGAACAAAAAUGGAUCCUCAAUCUAGUGCCCAGGAUGUACACCGAUGUGACCUUUGUGAGACCGCCAUAGUACACAGCUAUUGUGACUUUUGUCAUGUCAACCUCUGCAAGCCCUGUAUAGGAGAACAUAUCGCAGAUGGAUAUGACAAACAUAAAAUUGUCCCUUUUCAGGAACGAAGAUCAACCCUCAUUUAUCCGAAAUGUGGAACACAUCAACACAAAAAUUGUGAAUUCCAGUGCGAAUCUUGCAACAAUAUCUUUGUUUGUUCUUCUUGUACUGCAUCUGAACAACACAGGGGGCAUAUUUUUGUAGACACAUCAACUGUUUACAAGACACAGAAAGAAAAUAUUGAAAAGGAUACAGAAGAGUUAGUAAACCUUAUUUCGCCUACAUAUGAAGAAAUUGCAAGCGAUUUGGCAAAUCAGCUUGCCAACCUGGAUGGAGGAUAUGAGAAACUUACAACAAUAAUGUCCAAACAAGGAGAGCAAUGGCACAGAGAAAUCGACAUCGUCAUCAACAAAAUGAAAACUGAAAUAAACAACAUAAAAGUAAAACACAAAGACAUUUUAAAGAAACAUUUGAAUGAAAUCAGACAGAUACAAUCUCUUAUACAGCAAACACUAUUAGCCAUGAAAGAAAUUAAGAAAUCCACUGAAGUAUCUUCAACCAUUGAAUACAGCUCUAAGAUCAGAGAGUUUAGCAAGCUUCCACCCAUGGUUCAGGUAUCACUGCCAACAUUCAUAUCCAAACCAAUAGACCGUGAAAAGUUGUAUAGUUUGUUUGGACAGAUCACCCCAUUAUCUACUGCUACAGAAGAAAAUGUCUUGUCACUGAAGCAACCCAACACUUCAGUCAGAGAACUACUGGAUGAACCAGAGCUUGUUGCCACAAUACAGACUGGGUAUGAAGAACUACGGAAUGUGACCUGUCUAAAUGAUGGUAGCAUAUGGACAAGUGGAGAGACCAAUGAUAUCAAGUGCUUUAACAUUCAAGGUUCACUCCUACAAACUAUACAGACAAAAUCAGGAAAACCCCCUACUGAUAUAGCUGUAGACAGUGAUGGGAAUCUUCUCUACUCUCAAUUGUCAAUAAGGACAGUAUAUAAAGUAAAGAAUGGAAAGACAGAAGUGUUGAUCAGAUUACAGGGAUGGAGGCCGAUCCAGCUGUGUGUCACAUCUACAGGUGAUCUCCUGGUUACCAUGUACAGUGAUGAUAAAACUCAAUCCAAAGUUGUCCGUUACUCGAGAUCUACAGAGAAACAAACAUUUCAAUUUGAUAAUGAAGGUAAACCUCUGUACUCAGGAAAUAAUAACACUAAAUACAUCACAGAGAACAGAAACCAUGACAUCUGUGUAGCUGACUGGGGGGCUGGUGCAGUAGUGGUGGUUAAUCAGGACAGGAAACUCAGAUGUAGAUACACCGGUCAUCCCUCAGUUACCAAGAAAAAUCCAUUUAGACCUUGGGGUAUCACAACAGACAGUCAGAGUCGUAUCCUGACUGCAGACAGUGACAACCAUUGUAUCCACAUUCUGGAUCAGAAUGGACAGUUUCUCCGUUACAUUGAUAACUGUGAUCUGGAGUAUCCUUAUGAUUUAUGUGUGGACAAUAAUGACAAUCUGUUUGUGUGUGAGAGCAACAAAGGCAAUGUAAAGAAAAUCAAAUGUUUGAAAUAGAGACUAAAAUUUAUGAUUCUGAUGUCAGUUAAAAAAGAUUUGCACGUAUCCAUUUUUCCAUUUAAUCAAUCAGUACGAAUUUAUGUACUUUGUUUUCAUCUCACAAUUAAUAAAUAGAAAACGUGUGUGUAA